AUGGUUACUUUGACUCGAUUCGCCUGCGGAUUGGCUGUGGCAGCUUCUCUUGCAUCCGGGUCUGCCAUCAAGCCCCGGCUUGCUCAUGACAAAGUCCAGCCAUUCCCCGAAACGGUGCCUGACGAUCUUACCGGCAAGCUCUACAAAAGGUUCAAGCCAUGGCUGCACAUCAUCCAUGGCUGCGUGCCUUUCCCAGCAGUUGAUGCUCAGGGCAAUACCAACGAUGGCCUUGACAUCUGUGAUGGAGACGAAACCAACGAGUGCGAUGGCAGCACAGGCCAAGUCUACUCUCGCAGCGCCGAGAAGGACGGCAUGUUCGCCAUCAUGUACACAUGGUACUUUCCAAAGGAUGUCCCGAGCGUGUGUGCCGUUGGAGGCCACCGUCACGACUGGGAAAACGUUGUCCUCUGGUUCUCGGAGAAAAGCGAGUCGGCCAAGUAUCUUGGCAUCUCCAUUUCGGCGCACGGAGGCUACAAGAAGUAUGCCCAGGGCAGCGACGAGGUCAAGUGGGAUGGAGACCGGGCCUUGAUCGGGUAUACGAACGAGUGGCCGCUCAACCAUCAUCUAGCGACUACCAAAGACAAGCCCAGCGGAGAUGUGCCACUGAUCGCUUGGGAGAGUCUCCCGAAGGCGGCUUGGGAUGCUCUUCAGGCCAAGGACUGGGACAAGGCUGACUUGUCUUUCAGCGACAAGAACUUUGACAAGCUGCUUGGCGACUCCAAGAUGGAUAAAUAG